AUGUGUGUGUCGUGCCUCCUGCCAAUAAAAGCAGUAAGUGAAGACUGCGCAAGAUCUUUUCUACGCUGCUUACUCCUCCCUCCGGCUAUUUUUCUGGCAGCCUUGAACAUCAAGGUAAGCAUGAUGGUAAAACUCUGUUGGACCCAUGUUAUUUUUUCCUGUAGAAGUCAUGCUAGCUAACGUUUGAUGUCUCAAGAAGCAUUAUUUUACAUAAGCACAAGUGAUCAGCAGCAUAAUCAUUUAGGAAUGUCAAUGUCUGCUGCAAUAUGCUGCACAUGGCUAAUUUGCAUAUUUGCCAUGCGGAAAAACAUUGCAGAAAGAUUAGAAGUCUAGCUAGCAUUGGCGUCGUUAGGCCUAUUUAAGGGGGGCUGAAGCCCCCCUAAAAUAUUCUUUAGCCCCCCUAAAUAAUUUUAUAUAUAUAUAUAUAUUUUUAAAUAUAUAUAUAUAUAUAUAUAUAUAAAUAUAUUACAAAAAAGUGCAGACAAAUUCAAUACAAAGACGCAGGAAUAUGAGUUUAAAUAAAUAAUAAUAUAACAUGUCAUUUUUCACUUAAAUAUGAUCACAAAUCAUUUGGUUUCCCCUGACUUCACUGUGUAAGGUGGAGAGCCUUCGUCAGCGUUUAGUUAUUCAAUCCGUUCCACUUGUUGAUAUAGAGAACGCCCACAUUACUGAAAAUCCAGUCCGCGUUUUCACUGCUGCCAGCAGCAGCACCUACAUGCUCCCUGCACACGGUGACAGCUAGACGAUCACAUCACGAGCCAGGCAGAGAGCAGCAUCAUGGACAUACGCAAGUUUUUCAAAAAAGUAAGUCUUUAUAGCUGCUGGUAGUAACAAUAAGCUCCAGCUAACAGUAAAUAGUCCCAUGUAAUUUAUGAACCAGUUGCUCCCCUUUUUGAGAAAUAAAAACCUGGCUAUCACACCAAUUGUUAGCAUGAUGUUGAUUUCUGUCACUUGUUUUAGCUCUGAAAAAAGCGAGCUGAGCUCAUUCACGUAUGAUUAUCAUCAGUGGAAAAUAAUAAUGCACUAAUAAUACUCACCCCACCAUCCCCACUGACCUGUAGGAGUCAGGACAGAGGAGCACAGCAAGUGAGAGGGGAGACACCUCUACUGGAGAGGUGAGUCUAAAAGAAUUCACAGGAGUGAUGCAGACAGUCUGAUUAGAAUUUUAUGGAACUCAAUAUGGAUAUGAAAUGUGAAAUUUCAGUCACGGUGCACCAUAUAAGACUUAUUUCAUUUGAGUUUUUAUUUAAGAGAGUCAAGAUUAGAAAGUGGAGAGAGCCAAGAGAUAAAUUAGCCUGACCGAAAUAUUUUUGGGGGUUCUAUUUUAAUAUUACUUUAAGUCAAGUAAUUUAGUAAUAUUUUUCAGGGCUUUAAAUUGCAACCAUUUUAGUCACAUAUGGGCCCAAAAUGUAAUCUGUGUGACAUCUUACUAUUUGGGAGCAAAAAAUUACUGUGGUGUGUGAGCUUAAGUCAUGACAUUAGCCUCUAUGUUGGAUUAGUUAUUAAUUCAAUGCGUUUCAAUGUAUCUUGGAGGGUCAGGCAGAAGGAAAGGCUGAGGAGCUGCAGCAAAUGGCAGAGGAAGCUGAGAGAUGAGAGCAAACAGGCCAAGAGAGGGAAAAUAAUGAAGCAGCUGCAGCAACUCAUUCCACUACAGGGUUUGAUUUAGGUGACGAAGACACAGGGCCCAGACAGGUCAAGCUGAAGAGCUACCCACAAGAUAGUUUUGGUACACAGAAGCGAGCAUUUCACUACAGCUGGUUUGAAAAGCACAACUGGUUAGGAUAUUCAGUCAACCAGAAUACAGCUUUCUGUUUCCCAUGUAGAGUGUUUGGCAAAAACAUAAAACAUGAUAGUUUGGUCAGUAGUGGUUGCAAGAACUGAAGAAAAAACAGACUGAAAUAAAACAAAAAAACUCCUGGUGGCCUGAGACUACAUCUUAGUUAAAUCCGUCCAAAAAAGCUGAAAAGCAAUUUCUCAGUCUUUGUUUUCUGUUUGUGAAAUUUUGUGCUCGCUCACUACGUUCACUCACAUCCUGUUCAUCUCUUGGGGGCUAAGCCCCCCCUGUCCUUAAAACCUAGUGACGCCCCUGCUAGCUAGCCAGCUUUUUUGUCUGAUCAUAUACCAUUUGUUAGCCAUGGAUUUAACUGACUGAAAUGCAUGCAGACUUGAAGGUAACGUAGGGGCUCCUCCGCACACAUGACUCAAAGUCCUAACCUGUGAUAAAUAAACUCACAGGAGGUUCAUGUGAUAUGAAGCAGCAAUAUUUUGCUUUUGUUUAUUGUAACAUCAUAAAUCUAUCAGCAUCCAAACAGUCCUCUUCUCAUUUGUCAACUGAAUAUAAUGUCGCUUAAGGUUGUCAUGAAAUUUAAUGUUUGUAUCUGCUGUUUUUUUUUCAGUGCUACAUGGAGAACAAAUUCUUUCAGUAACCAAAGUAAGUCUGACUCAGAUACAGAGUUUUAUCUUUUUUUUUGUUGUGUUGGUGUCUCUGUGUGUUAGAAUUAGGGUUGCAAAGUGGCGGAAAAAUUUCCAGAAACUUUCCAUGGGAAGUUAAGCUGGGGAAUUUUGGAAAUAUUCAAAAUUGUAAACUUUCCAUGGGAAUUAUGGGAAUUAAAGGUGGGGUAGGCAGGAUUCUGUUAAAGAAGCAUCUUUUUUGUAGUUUAUAUUAAAAAAAAAGGCUUUUAAUAUCAGUCAAUACUUAUUAUUAUUAUUAGUUAUUGAUGACAUUUGGGAAUAUAACAAUAUCUCUGUGUUCUCUAAUGUCUGUGUAGUCAAAAUAUAAAAAUUUUUGAUCGGGCUACUCUUUCUGACUGUAAACAAAGCCAUUCGCUGCCUCCCCAACCUGAUUGGUCGUGAGGUGGACGCUUCUCCCACGUGUUGUGGGGCACGCUCCACGUCCUCCAAUAAUGUUAACGAGCCCAAACAAAGUUAGCGUGCUACAAUAUCGGACAGUAGAAACCAACCAGAGAGUUCGGAAAAAUUGUCUGAAUCCUCCUUUGGCCACGACUGCCGACACAAGCAAGAAAACAAAGUAAAUACCGGAGACUCUGGAGGAAUAACGGGUGCUUAAAACGGAGGUAGACCGGACAAGAGCUAAAAAGCCGGGUCAACAUCAAUCAAUCAAUCAAUCAAUCAAUCAAACUUUAUUUAUAUAGCACCUUUCAUGCUUUUAAGCUGCAACACAAAGUGCUUUACAAAAAGGUAAAAACAAACAACGUUAAAAAAACAAAAACAAACAACAGUAAAUAUAGGGCACUUAAAUAGGCAUAAAACCCGUCCCUUCCCACCCACAGCAGCACAUACAGGCAUGCACAGCAGCCCACCCCACACACACAUACACGCACACACGUAUCCACAAACCCACACAGUAACUGUCAGUAAAAACAUGGCAAGGCACUGAUGAUUCUGAUAAGGAAAGACCACCUAUGGGAGCCGUCCACACCGAGAGGAGCCACAGCCCAACCCCACAGGGAGCACCGCCCCCGAGACCCCCCGACCCAGACAGCCCGGGUGCACCCUGCACAUAGUGCAGAGCCCCCUAACCGUCCGGGCCUGGACGAUCCCAAGGACCGCGCCCCCCGGGGGCGGACCAGACAUACCUCCCAGUGUGGCGGGCCCCCACGAGGAAACUCUGGAGCUAAAAAGACUAGGACAUAGAAGGAAUUAAAAUAAUAUUAAAAUAUCUAAAUGACGUAAAAUGUGAUAAAAGUAAAGGAUAAAAUAAACUAAAACUAAAUUGAAAUAAUGUUAGAAUAUCUAAGUGACAUAAAAAUGUGAUAAAAGUAAAGGAUAAAAUGAACUAAAACAGUUAAAUUAGCUAAAAGCCAAACUAAAAAGGUGGGUCUUGAGCCUCCUUUUAAAAACAUCAACAGUCUCUGCGGUCCUGAUGUUCUCUGGCAGGCUGUUCCAUAACUUUGGGCCAUAAUGGCUGAAGGCAGCCUCUCCGUGAGUUUUGGUUUUUGUAUGAGGAACAACUAAAAGGCCGGCGCCAGAGGACCUCAGGGUACGCGAGGGUUGAUAAGAUAAAAGCAGUUCAGAUAAAUAAGAUGGGCCAAGACCAUUAAGACACUUAAAAACUACUAAAAGAACCUUGAAAUCGAUCCUGAAACACACGGGGAGCCAGUGCAGGGAUUUUAACCCUUGUGCUGCCCUUCAGGGUCAAAAAGACCCAGUCAGUAUACCCUCGCCCUAGUGGGGUGAAUUUAGCCUCCAGUCAGCGUGGACUAAGAUAACCCAUGACUCCUGAUUGUUUUACCCCGCCUGGGUCGAAUAGACCCCAGUCAAGUAUGGAUUUGAGAAUCGUAAACUCGCGCCCCUGCCCUCGGCAGGGUCAAAUAUACCCCACCGUGGUGUACAUAGACUUUUUUUUUUUUUUUCAUUUAUUUAUUUAUUUUUACUCAUUUGAACUCAUGACUCCUGACGUUCCAGCGCGCAUCUCAAACAGCAUACACCCCUGGACCUGAUUCUCGCUCAUCCAGUCAAGUAUCCUGUGGUGGUGGCGUUGAGGACCCCCUGUAUUUUACAGCGUGAGGACUGUAAAAAACAUAAAGCUCUAGGUUUUACUUUCAAGGCUACACUACAUAUAGAGACUAAGAAAACAUGGAAACUUGGAGGACUGGAAAAAAAAAAAAAAUUUUUAGGAAAGGAUGUUGGUAUCAACAAAAGUUCCAUCACAAGAGUUGAGUAGAAUAGAGUGAAAACUGUAUUCAUCACGGCAGGGAAACUUAGAGAGUGUCAGAGAGCUUGCAAAUACAGAUAACAACAGCCGCACUACCUAAUUCAUAUAAAUGAGCACAACCUAUCACAAAAUAAAGGCAGUACAGUGAAAAGGCAAGGGGAUUUUGUUUUUACACACGCUUUUGUCUCAGAGAGUUUCACAUAGCAUUAUAAUGCCAACAUCAUCUGCCCUUAGACCCUCACGUCAACUGAGGAAAAAUGGAGAAAUAAAACAAAAAAAAAAUUGGAGAAACCUCAGGGUGAGCAACACAGGAGAGAUCCCCUCACCCAGGACGGGGCAGACCUGCAACAGAGGUUCUAUACAGACAAAAACAAACAAACAAACAACAAAAAAAAAACGGGUUUACAACACAUAAUGUGCCGAACACGACAUUCCAUUGUUGCCUAACAGGAAAACAGAAAAGUUUUCUCAAAAGUGUUGAACACCGACAAAAAGGACCGUAGAGGAGAGACUACAGUACAGUAAGUAUUCUAUAUCUAUCUAUCUAUCUAUCUAUCUAUCUAUCUAUCUAUCUAUCUAUCUAUCUAUCUAUCUGUCUAUCUAUCUAUGUAUUUAAAGACAUGAAUAUAUUUGCGUUUUUCGUGACUCGUGCGCCCUGAGAGUGGCAGCAAGUCACAGCAGCUCCUCACAGACUUCGCGUUUUUGCCUUCUUAUUGUUGUUUUUUUGCACCUUAUUUAUACCCUUAUUGUUAUACCUGCAUGUUUGCACUUUUUGUCUUGUCUGUGAUGCUGCUGUGACAAAAAAAAUUUCCCCAUGGGGGAUCAAUAAAGGAAUAGUCUAUUCUAUUCUAUUUGUUUUUGUUCAUCUUCUUACUCUGUGUGCUUUUAAAGCAAGGGAAUGGCUGUAAUAGCUCCAACAAAACAAUGUGAACGCGUAGUAGUGUAGGGUAUUGUGAAUUCCUAGAACGACAAAAUGUGUUCGGAUUUUGGACAAAAUCUGUUCGGAUUUUAGAUCAACUCAGAAAUCCAGUCAAACAAUAUAGUUUGUCUCUCUCUCUCUCUCUCUCUCUCUCUCUCUCCCCCUCUCCCCCCCCUCUCAACAUGCGUUUACAGGAUCUUGUUUUCCCUUCACAGUCGCACUGCAUUCCACAGGGCCGUUCAUGCCAUUGUUGCCAAGGAGGACAGAAAAACAGAAAAGUUUACUCAAAAGGUUUGCAGACCGACAACUGGGACCGUAGAGGACAGACCAGAGAACAGUAAGUAUUAUCUAUCUAUCUAUCUAUCUAUCUAUCUAUCUAUCUAUCUAUCUAUCUAUCUAUCUAUCUAUCUAUCUAUCUAUCUAUCUAUCUAUCUAUCUAUCUAUCUAUCUAUCUAUCUAUCUAUCUAUCUAUCUAUCUAUCUAUCUAUCUAUCUAUCUAUCUAUCUAUCUAUCUAUCUAUCUAUCUAUCUAUCUAUCUAUCUAUCUAUCUAUCUAUCUAUCUAUCUAUCUAUCUAUCUAUCUAUCUAUCUAUCUAUCUAUCUAUCUAUCUAUCUAUCUAUCUAUCUAUCUAUCUAUCUAUCUAUCUAUCUAUCUAUCUAUCUAUCUAUCUAUCUAUCUAUCUAUCUAUCUAUCUAUCUAUCUAUCUAUCUAUCUAUCUAUCUAUCUAUCUAUCUAUCUAUCUAUCUAUCUAUCUAUCUAUCUAUCUAUCUAUCUAUCUAUCUAUCUAUCUAUCUAUCUAUCUAUCUAUCUAUCUAUCUAUCUAUCUAUCUAUCUAUCUAUCUAUCUAUCUAUCUAUCUAUCUAUCUAUCUAUCUAUCUAUCUAUCUAUCUAUCUAUCUAUCUAUCUAUCUAUCUAUCUAUCUAUCUAUCUAUCUAUCUAUCUAUCUAUCUAUCUAUCUAUCUAUCUAUCUAUCUAUCUAUCUAUCUAUCUAUCUAUCUAUCUAUCUAUCUAUCUAUCUAUCUAUCUAUCUAUCUAUCUAUCUAUCUAUCUAUCUAUCUAUCUAUCUAUCUAUCUAUCUAUCUAUCUAUCUAUCUAUCUAUCUAUCUAUCUAUCUAUCUAUCUAUCUAUCUAUCUAUCUAUCUAUCUAUCUAUCUAUCUAUCUAUCUAUCUAUCUAUCUAUCUAUCUAUCUAUCUAUCUAUCUAUCUAUCUAUCUAUCUAUCUAUCUAUCUAUCUAUCUAUCUAUCUAUCUAUCUAUCUAUCUAUCUAUCUAUCUAUCUAUCUAUCUAUCUAUCUAUCUAUCUAUCUAUCUAUCUAUCUAUCUAUCUAUCUAUCUAUCUAUCUAUCUAUCUAUCUAUCUAUCUAUCUAUCUAUCUAUCUAUCUAUCUAUCUAUCUAUCUAUCUAUCUAUCUAUCUAUCUAUCUAUCUAUCUAUCUAUCUAUCUAUCUAUCUAUCUAUCUAUCUAUCUAUCUAUCUAUCUAUCUAUGUAAAGACAUGAAUAUAUUUAUAUCACCGUGAUAGCUCCGUAUCCCCUAAGCCACAUUUCUCUCUCUGUCUGUGUUUUGCAGGCCGAACGAAAUGGAUGUCUCUCUCCGCGACCACUGAGUUGUGCAGUCGUUUUGGUCCCGCUCUGUUUCGUGAAUUGUAAAUUUGCUCUGCUCUUACGCUGAGUCGCAUUCAAUCAUUCGUUAGCUCACCUUCCUGACUGAACGAUUCGCUUCGAUUGGACUUAGCUGUUUUUGGUUGUCUAUCCGUAAGAGCAUAACAAAUACAUGACACAGAAACGAGUCUUUGAAUCCACACGCGCACACACACGCCCUCCACCCGUGAUGCACAAAAAGCGCGGCGGAGGGUCGAGGUCAAUUAACCCUCAGCUCUUUCUGCUUGUCAAAAUGGUUAUCUAAAAACUCACCUCUGCUACGCUGUCGUGAAAACGUUUGACUGAAAACCUUUGCUGUGUUCCUCUUUUCGCAGUACGGGGGGGCACUGGAUCCGCAGGAGCGAAGAAAGAGGAAAAAACAAAUAAAGUCGAAGUCUUGACACGCAUCUACAAAAAGGAUCGUAGAGCAGAGAGUAGAGUAAGUAGUCUAUCUAUCUAUCUAUCUAUCUAUAACGUUAUAUAGAUAGAUAUAUAGUUAUAUGCUUUUCUCUUUUUUAUUUUUUUUUGUUUUUGUUUUCCUUCUUUACCCUGUCGUGAAAACGUUUGACUAAAAACCUCCGCUGUAUUCUUCUGUUGCACAGACUCUUUUCGCAGCGAAGAAGGAGGAAAUUCGUCUGUGA